GCGACGCGGCGGGAGCGACGCGGACGGAGCCCCCCGAGCCCAGGACGCGGCCCGCCCCCCGGCUGAGAGUCUCCCCGAAGUACCGCAUGAGCGAGCGGCCGAAGGUCCACGUCUUCCUGGGGGCUCCUCCGGCCUCCUGCGGCCCGGAAGAGGAGUGGGCAGCUGGGCCGGAGGGCCCACAGCGCCCCCCUCAGGGCUGGAGACACCUGGAGCUCACCUGGCAGGGCGGACGCUUGAGGCCUGCCUCCCGUGAGGCGUUCAGGGACCCCGAGGCGGGAGACCUCCUGACGGAGGAGCGAUCCGGCCGAGAGAACCAGGAAGCCGAUCGGCGCUCGUCGAGGUCACGCAUCCAGAAACCCGACAGCGAUCGGGAUGACUCCGCCCCUCAAGCGGAUUGGACCACAGAGGCGUCAUCUGGCCGUGAAUUUAACGCCAGUCAGGAAGACCGAUGUUCGGCUUCGGUCCUCGAGUAUCUGGACUGCUGUUUCCCUGCAGCUCCACCCGAACCGGGAAAACCAGAACCAGAGCCUCCGCACCGCCCUCCGUCCGCUCCUCUGUCCGCCCAGACUCAGUACCUCACCACCUGGACUCUGAGUCAGGCAUUAAUCCUGAAGGGAAGGAGUGGCGUCCAAUCAGCAAGCAGCCCUGAGAAAACCCCGCCUCCUCAAACCCCACCCAAGAACACCCAAACGCCUCCGUCCGCCUCCUCCAGCACGCCGGAGCUCUUCAGUCCCGUGACCCCGUCACCUGGGGCUUCCGCCGCCCCGCGGGCUCAGGAAGGGGGCGUCGUGGUCGAGGCCACGGCGGAGGGGCUGCUGUGCUCCCAGGAAGCCAGGACCCCCCGGGAUGCUUCUCAAGCCCCCGAUUUCAAGAAAGCUAGAAUCUCAGUACAGCUCAGGACCGAAGAGUCCGCCGCCGGCACCACCAGAACCACCACAGCCGGGCUCCGGGGUACCACCACACUUCUGAUCCGGUGUGACAAGCGGGGGGGUCGGCACUCGGUUCUGGUGGCGGUGGUUCACCCGUGUCACCUGAAGGAGGUGAAGGUGAAGUCCGGGCCGGCCGCAGGAACGUCCGUCCCUCUGGCGUCCAUCGUGGUGACGGACCAAUCGGGCGCUGAGAUGAAGGUGGUGCUGUGGCGGCGGGCGGCGUUCUGGGCGCUGACCGUGAGUCCUGGAGACGUUCUGCUCAUCACAGGACUGCAGGUGAAUGAAGACCGGUGGAGAGGAGAGACGGUGCUGCAGACCACCUUCAACAGCAAGCUGCUGAACUUGGGACGGAUCACGGCCUCCGCCUCCCCCCCAGCUCCUCAGCACGUCGAUGGCCACGCUCUCAGCUCUCUGUGUGGCUUUCUUCGGGAGCAGCGCCCCCUGCUGGUGUCUUUGGACCUGCGCCCUCCUCAGGACCUGAGCCGCCUCCCCUACGCCACCCUGAGGUCGCUGAGGGUCAACACACUGGUCCACGUUCUGCUGCAGGUCACACACACACACAUCAGCACAGUUUGGCGCAGCGAGGCGGACUCUCGCUUCAGGUCAGCGGUUCAACUGCAGGCCGUUGUGACUGUGGAGCAGCCGCACGGCCAGCAGGGGGCGCUGGUGCUGUGGGGAGGAGCUGUGGACUGGCUGCCUCGCUUCAACAGAGACAGAGCGGCUGUCUGGGACUUCCAGUUCCUCCUAGUGAGGGAGGGAUUGACCUUUGACCUGGCCGAGCUGCACUCCACCCCCUGGAGCUCGGUCCGGCCUGUGGACCCUGCUCACCCCCGGGCGCGCAACUUCCUUCAACCACGGCUCGGCCCAACAGGAGACGGCAGUCUGGAGCUGGACAUCGACACGCUGCUUUCUCAGAAAUACAGCGGCGACGUGGAGCUCAGAGUCCAGGUCAUCGCCUUCCAGUUUGAGGACUCUUCGCCUUCCCAGAAUGCACCUCAGCCGGUCCUGGACAGCUCUACCCCUCUGGAUGGUAUCCUGGUGGUGCUGAGCGGUGACAUCACCUACACCGGCUGUGGGCGCUGCUCCGCCCAGCUCCGCACCGACGGCAACGGCAUCUACUGCCCCUGUUACCCCUGCCUGCCCCACACCGCUGUACGGCGCUACUACAGGCCAGGUGUGUUGACAGUGAGGGGGCGGGGCAUCCGCCAGGUGUGUGUCCAGGUUCCUCCGGUUCCACUGCAGAAGAUCCUCCAGGCGCCUCCGGAUAAACUCAGCAGAAGCUCAGCUCCGGGCUCGGAGGUGAAGAACCUCCAGGUGGCAGCGGGGAGGAUCCAGACCUUCCUCGCCCUUCCAAGAAAAACCUUUGUCCUCAUCGUCCGGAGCCACUUCCUGUGCGACGAGAACGGCGUCCCCAUCAGUCAGGACUUCACGCUGCUGGACCUCCAGCUGUGAAGGCCCUCGGGCCGCGGCGGCUCCUGGAGAUGUGGCUCCAUGUGUAUUAAUGUGCUCUUCAGCCGGAAUAAACUAAGACUCAAUAAUUAGCAUCGCUGGCAAGCCCCGCCCCCUUUCAGGUGAACGUGACCAGCUUUGUGAUAUUUAUUAUCUUUAGAGUGUUAUUGUAUCUCCUCUCGUAUCACAUUAUGUCAUAUAAAUAACUCGGGUUUAAGUUCAUUUUUAUAUAAACUCACCAAAUUUAAAAACACAGUUUAUAUGUUUAUUUAAUAUUUCUGAAAAACUUUAAUUAAACAUUUGUUUCCAUUA